UUACCCGGUUCGCUGAAUCGAUUGCUACCGAUUCUGGAAUCGUCCCAGCUCCGAGCCUUAAUUUGCAAAUUCACUGCCGGCCGUCCGCUGAGUUCAAAUCUCGGCGCUGAAUUGGACCUCUCGGUUAAUUAAAUUUGAUUAAUUAGCGACGAGGAGAUGAUGAUGAUGCAGCAGCAGCAGCCCGAGUCGGGGCUCGUCGGCGAGUGGGGUCUGAGUUCGGGCCCAGUGCAGGCGCGGUUCUCGCCUUACGCCUUUAACGGAGGAACCAUCCUGGCGAUAGCCGGCGAGGAUUAUGCACUGCUGGCUUCGGACACGCGGCUGAGCGAGCAUUUUUCCAUCCACACUCGAAACAGCCCCAAGGUCCACGCGCUCUCUGACCGCACGGUGCUUGGAUGCUGCGGUUUCCAUGGCGACUGCCUCACCCUCACCAAGAUCAUAGAAGCGAGGCGCAAGAUGUACCAGCACACGUACAACAAGCCCAUGGGCACGGGUGCGUUGGCUGCGAUGCUCUCCACCAUCCUGUACCAGCGCCGUUUCUUCCCCUACUACGUCUACAACAUCGUGGGCGGCCUUGAUGACAACGGGAAGGGGGUGGUCUAUGGCUUCGACCCCGUGGGCUCUUAUGAGAGUAACGCCUACAUCGCCGGGGGCUCUGCCAACGCCAUGCUGCAGCCACUGCUGGAUAACCAGAUUGGCCGUAAGAACCAGCUGGGCGCUGGCGAGGAGCGUCUGGCCAUGCCGCUGGACCGCGCCGUGCAGCUCGUGCGCGACGUCUUUGUGUCGGCGGCCGAGCGCGACAUCCACACGGGCGACGCGCUGCGUGUGUGCGUGGUGACGCGUGACGGCGUGCGAGAGGAGACGCACGCACUCAGACGCGACUAGUGGGGGUGGCGUGGGUACACACACACACACACACGUGGGUACACACACACACACGUGUGUACACACACACACGUGGGUACACACACACACACGUGUGUAC